CUUUCUCAGUUGAAUUCGCAAGAAAGUGUCAUGCGAGAGAAGAAAGAAGAGUUUUGAGAUUUCUUAAUCAAAAAAUUUAUAUGUACAUUUAACGUAUUGUAUUAUUUUUCAAUUAUCCGCUCGCUAUGCUAUUUAACAUAAAAAGAAACGCGCUGUGUUCCGCAGGCUUGAUUCUCUUCAAACUUCGAAAAUCAUUACGAACCUUCGUAAACAUAUAAAGCGCCGCUCUUAAUCAUCGUUACGUUACUGUCCGUGAAACUGUGGCUUUCUCAGUUUGCGCUCGACAUCUGGCAGUUGUGAAAGUGUCAGCUUUCCGUUCGCGCGUGAGGGUACUCAUCAGGAGUACAGCUUCCGUUAACGAUUGUAAAGGGCGCAGCUCUAAGACGUUAGAGCACGUGGUUGCAGCAGAGCAAGAGCAGCAACAAGAGAUAAUAAGCCACUUUUGAUAUAAACAUGGCAUGCACGGCAACUUCAUCAAAAACAGCAACGGAUGAGGCACCGCAAGAGAAUUACAUCUGGAUGGAAUUGAGAUUAUUGCAAUCAAUCGUGGUGCAAAGUAGAUUGGGCCAGGCACUGCUGAAAUUCGCGGACAACUUUUUGUGGAUCGUAGAAAAGUGCACGGAAUGGAGUUUACCCAGACAGGAAAACGUCGGAGACGAGAAUCAAAAAGCGUUGGGAAAACCGGAACUCGUGAGACCAUUGCCCUGGCUCUUAUUCUUGCCGAGUUUAGUGAUGCUGCGUUUAAUCAGAAUAACAUUGAACAUAGGUGCUUUCGUAUUCGGUUACUCCAACAUUACGCCGAGUGGAAUGAUAAACUUUGUGCAGCUAAGUCGCAGAUAUCUGAAUACCGUAAAGAACGAAAGAAUGAAAGAGAGGUACGAAAGCAAGGACAAAAGAUUGUCGAUAAACGAAGCCAAGAAGGCCCUGAUCAGAUCCAUUCGUCUAACUUUGUCGAGUUUGUCCUGUCUGGAUGCAUCCAGACCCUCUCUGUCACCACCACCCACAAAAAUUCAUGUUAAUAGUACCCUCGAUCCCGAUCCAGUAAGUAGAACGUUAUUGAUCCAAUCAAUGGACUCUGUAGCAAAGUCAAGAAAUUCAAGUGAAUCGAAGGAAGAGAAGGAGGAAGCUUUGAAUGAGAAGAUUGAUCGACUCGAUUUGGAAAGUAGCGAGAACGACGAGGAUUUCGAUCCGGCCAACUGCGUUUCGAGCGACAUGAGCAGCAACGAGGACGACGACGAUGAUGACGAUGACGACGACGACGAUGAUGACAACGUGUCUCUGUCUGAGGUUCGCGACAUCAAGAAUGAGCUUAUUGAUAAAAAUCAUUCACUCAAUCAGUUUCUACAAGCCGAGCGAGCUGUCGCGUUGAUUCCCAAGGAGAAAAUCGAUGAGCCGAGAUCGUCGGCCAAAGAGAGCCGCGAUAAGGUAGAAGAGCGCCUCGCGACUUCGCAGCAUAUCGAUCCGCCAGAGUGUCAUACGCCCGACAGAUCCAGUCAGGAAGGCGACCCGACCUUCUACUCGCCGAUCAGUUCGGACAACGACACGCCGAAGAAGUGCUCAGCGUCGAUCGCCGAACACUCAAGAAAGCUUUUAAAGAUAAACAAGUUUGUCAAUGGCGAAGCACAUUUCAUCUCGGCAUCAACGAUUUCAGAAUCAAAAUCAUCUGGGAGAACCAACAACGGUGCGGUGGUGCAGAAGCGCAAUACAAAUGUGAGUAAAUGCCACAAGGGUAAACGCGCGAGUCAUGGUAAUCGUAAAAAAAAAUAGUCAAGAGCAAAAUAAGAGAGAGAGAGAGAGAGAGAGAGAGAGAGAGAAAGGAAGAAGAAAAUAAAAUGCUUCUCUUCGAGACAAGAGAUCAUUAUCGAUGAUACAAUAUCGCGCUGUAUCGAACGUCAUCGAUAGUUACGUAAUUGUCGAGGAUUAAACAUGAUUUCGAGAGAUAUUUAUCCGUCAUAGUUGUUAAGAUAUCAGGCUAUUAAGAUACAUAUAUUCGAAUAAAAGACGAGUUUGUAAAAGAUCGAAUUGUCGAGGACGCUCGAUAAUUAUUUUUUGUCAAAAUUGUUUGACGAAUGAAUAUAUUUCGUGAAAAAUCUUAAAUGGCGUUUCUUUGGGAGAUUUCAUCCAAACUAUCCAAAAUACGUCGUUAUUAUCGCGUUUGCUUGUGCGCCAUCGUGUCUCUCUCUCCCUUUCUAUAAUAAUGCAAUUAUAGUUUGAACGAUAGAAAUAGAGGGAAAAAAUGGUAUAUUCACCAUUUUUGAGUGGCUCUAAAUCCAUACGUUACAUUUGAGAACGACACUUAUCAUCAGAAUAUAACUCAAGAUGAACGGAAGAUUGAUUAAACAUUAAUUAUAACUCCGGAACGUAGAGUGAUUCGUCAUUUGGACGAUUGAUCUUUUUUCGAAUCCGGUUCGACGAUAAACUUCAUUCCCUGAUUCGAUGAAAAUUUUGUAGACAAGCGAAUAUAACAACAUCCAAAUCACGGCGAUAUGUUCAAAGUACACAGAAAUUAUCGUAUUUGUUAGACGAAACAUCGUCCGUUUCGAUAAUUACGUAAUUCAUGAAUUGUGUGAAUAUUGUUUCUUCCUGUAUAAUAAGAUAAUAUUGUUUCUUCAAUAGAAC